AGUGUCUCUAGAGCUGACCAGUGGAUGCCGGUGCGUUGGCGGGUUUUCAGAAAUACAACGGCGUCGCUUUAGUGGGGCAGAUCGUACAGGACCCAAGACGAACACUGCUCAGGAAAAUUAAGAAGCAUUUUUCGUGCGUUGUUGAGCGGUUGUAUUCGGUGUCUCGCGUGAGCACCCAUGUGGGGUCGCUGCUCUCAGUUCAUGCUUUCCGCUUAGUUGCGGCAUAUUAAAUCAUGGCAAGGAAGACCCUCAUGUAUAUGCGGUCCGGCCAAUGGUUUAUAGGGGAUCGGCCUUGAAAAGGCCUAGCGUUGUCGUCAGUGACGCGAAAGUUCCGCAGGCGGCACUGGCGCUUUUGGGCGGCAUGGUACACCUGGGGUAAUCCGCCCGACGUUCUUCGCAAGCACACAGGGAUGCACCUAGCUUGCUUAUUUAUUUUGCAGUUCCUGUAGAAAACUGAAGGGAGCGUCACAAGGAACGGGAACAUUCUAGUGAAGAAGAGAGGCCCCGGACUGUCACCCCGGCGUAACGAAUACACACACACCUUUUCACAAGGGGGCAACCGUGGUGUGUUUCGUCCAUGGCACAAGGAUGGUGCUCUGGGGGCCGCAAUUGUUGUUACAUCGGCUUAUCGCUCUUCAAGCUGUGGCGGAAUGGCUGGGCGGCCUUCAUAGCAGACCAGGAUAUCAAGGGGGAAUCGCGUUUUUCUGGUUCCGUCUCUCUCUUGAGCUUCAGGCAGUCACUGCCAGCCACGCACCAGAUGGCGCAGCAUCGACGGAAGCAUCAAAAUCGUCAGACGCCCACGAUGAUGAUUCAGCAGUGACCAGCGACCCCGUGAACGAGCUACGGUCGCAAAGCGAGCAAUUAGCUUUCGGCGUGACACUGUUGCCAUCUCCAGACGACGAAGGAUCUCGUUCCGCGCGUGCGCUUCGGCUGAAGGAUCAGCUGGAGAAUCUAGGAGUCCAGCGGCGCAAAACCCUAGCGAAUCUGCGCAAUAGGCGUCUUCGCUGGUCGGGUGAAAGCAGUUACAUAAGGUACCGGAUGAAAAAGGAUCCCGCGGCUUUCGAAUCUCCGGAGGCUGUAGCGCUGCUCAAGGCAAAGUACCGGUCGGCAGUCGACAAGAAGAGACAGGCGAUCUCUGCGCUCGAGCAGUCCGUCAGUGAUAUGAAAAUCGAAGAAGCACGCCUCCGUUCGAGGCUUGCGGAAUGCCGCACUGGGAGCGGCUGUGCACCAGGAGAGCCCAGGGCACAAGGUCUUCCUGGCCCGUCGGCAGCGACUGGUCAGUCCCACGCGGAAUCAGAACGCCGCGAACGCCACUCCAAACGGAGCUGGAGCCACUUGCUCUCUGCACGGAAAGCUAUGGCGCCAGCGGAUUCCGGCGGUGUUGGUUCCGGGCCUCUUCUCGGUUUGGAGGAGAGGAUGGAGCUGUUGCGGGCCCAGAAGCGCAAAACGCAGAACAGCCUGCGGUGCCUUCGGCAUCAGUGGUCGACCGAAGAAACUUAUAUCAAGCACAGGAUAUCAGCGGCUAAACGACAGCUGGCUAAAAGAGGUGGGGCGCCGGCGUUUCCAUCAUCGGAAACGCUGGAAAGUUACAGGCAAACGUACAGGACGAGAGUCGUUACGAGGCGACAGGAAAUGGGUGUAUUGGAGAAGCUCAUUCAUGAGAUGGAAAUAGAAGAAGAAAAACUUCGCUCGAGGCUUCUCAAAUGCCGCAGCAAAGCCGGUGAAGCACCAACUGAACCAAGCACGGAAGGUCAUGCACGAGCGUCGACAUCGACUAGUCUGUCCCAAGGUUUAACGGUAACGGGACGUUCAGACAUUGAGAGCGGAUCGGCAGAAACUGAGUCAGCUGACCUACCAGAGGAGGCUUCACCGGUUCCAGGCUGCUCCUGGUGGAGUAUCAUCUCACCCGCUGAAUUACUGGGGCCGACUCCGAAAAGUGCCGAGUCCAGCCCUCCUGCUGAGGAUCGAGUCAAGAUGUUAGAAAGCGAACUCAGACUAUUACGCGCUAGGAGAUCGAAUCUCAUUUCGAUGCGGCACAACCUUCGAUACAAAUGGAAGAACGAAGCCUCCUAUCUGCACACGAAACUGCUCAUGCUGAAAUACCGUCGGAAGGCGAAAAACAUGGCUACCGUUGGUUUAUCGCCUGAGCUUCACCAACGCCUCUCUCAGCAAUACCGUGAACGAGCCCCACAACAUUUAGCGCGUGUGGAGGAAAUGAGCAGACAAAUAAUGGCGCUUGAGGAAGAGGCAAAGGAAGUCGCCGUUCAACUUUUGUAUGCUCGACGUUUGAGCGAUCCAGCUGUAGAGACGCAAACGCAAGCGUCCACCGUUUCCAGCGCCACGGAACCCGCAGAGACGUCGGAGGUGGCUGGGCACCACUCUCCGCGAGACACUAUCCACGCACGUAGAGAUCUGGUGAAAAGUCACUCUGAUCCUGCCUUGGAAAAGCCCUUGGACGAGGCUGUUGCGUCACCGUUCGUUGCUCAGAUUCCUUCCCGAUCACCAACGCCAGUGACGACCACAGAAGGGGCUUCGCGAGAGUCAGCUGCCUUGGCCUCCACCACGCAUUCUAUGGCCAGCGGGGAUCUCACAACAUCAUCGGACUGGUUCACACACGCUGAGCGAACAUCGGAGUCUCCUUCACCGCUGAUUUUGCAUCACCAGACGGCCCCUUUGUUUGCCGCAGGUGCCCCAGAGGCGGUCGUGUAUGGGGGCCCCUGCACCAGCGGCGAUAGCGGUGGACCCCCAUAUUCUCUAUCCCAAAUCUUCGAACACGCCGGCGCUGCGCAUACUACUGGGGAACCGCGCACAGAGAGUGAUAUUCCUGAGGACGUCGUGGAGUUCGUUCUGUCCCAUUCCGCACCAGCAGCGAUGGCGUCUGAGGACGGUGCUGCGCUCUUCGCGGAAUCGGCACCCUCGUUCAAUCAGCCAUGGAGCUCAGAGUAUCCGCCGCCACGGAUCGUCUCCCCGAGCGAGCAGGCGGCAACGAGUGCUUCAUUGUUCCAGCCGACUACGAGUGCCUCGGACGAAGGCGCAACACUAUUUGCAGUCCCAGCUAGUAGCAGCGCGUUUUCGGGGCCAGGGUGGAGCUCGCCACAACUGCAACCAUCCUGGUAUUUUCCCGGUGCCCUUGGACAUUAUGCACCUGUUUUUGGCGAGCCGCUACCGCCUGAACCUCGACAGCCACUGCUUCAGUCCCCUGCCCGGGCGCCUCCCGCCGACGUCAUCCCGCCACAUGCAGCCCAGCCGUCCACGGCGUUCGUGGAUGUCCCUUCGAUGUUUCAACGAAGCCAAUUGCGGUCGCCUCAACUCCUGUCGAUGCGCGUCCGGCCCCCGGAUUCGACCUCUACCACACCGCCCUCCCUCACGUCACCCAGCCGAAGAAUUACGGGUCCAGAUCCACAGUAGCCAGAUCUGAAUGGCGGCUUUCGGUGGUUUGCCUCUAUUCGAACUGCAGCGUCUGGGGACUUGCACUCUUCCGCGAUACUCGAAGACUGGCCUACAAAUUUCACAAAGCGCCACAGGGAGCGAGACGUUUGCACGGUGUCGCCGGAGGUCCAACCCCAAGAUGGAACCAACACUUUCAGUUGUACCAUAUCAGUUGCUUGCCUACCGCCUCUGUGUCGAUUUGGGCAAGAGCGGGUAAUGUCGGGGGACGUGUGAGAGAGCCCACCGGUGAAGUGAUCUGCGGAAAGGCAGAUUCGCAAUAGCAAGAAGAAUUGGGGUUCGUGGUGUAAUGUAGCACGACUUAUGUGUAUGCACCAUCUGUGUCUUUGGGGGGCCUUCCAGCUGGUCUAUGAGGGCCUCCCAGCUGGUCUAUGUGGACCUUCCAGCGAGCCAGGGCGAGCCCGCCAAGUCAAACCAACAAAACGGAAGAUCUCACGUUCAGCGCACAGUCCGCAUGUAUGGCGCGACCUCUUCCCCUCCAUCUCCGUGAAAUUCUGAGACAACCGACGACAAGCUUACACAGGCAUUGUCAGACAAUCUCGUCCCUUUGUUUGUGACAUCGUUCUGCCUCACCUUGUUUUGCAUAGUGAGGCAAGAAGAUGCAGCGGCUGAUUGACACUCACCCCGUUUCAAAAGGUAUGUAGAUUCCUACGGUAUAGACGUUGGGUGCAACGCAGGAAUGGCCCUGUCGGAAUUUCCCCUCUCCCGCAUGAUGCGCCAACUGGAACGUGGUUAAUUGUGUGCUGGCGGAGAGAAAACACUCGAUCCUUAACCGUUGGACCCCGCUUGUGUAUUUCUGCAUCACGCUACCCUAUCGACAGAACAUGCAUAGCCAUUUAUGUGUUAGAGUCAAUUGUCGAACAGGGAGUCUCGAGAGGUGCUGGAGUUGUUGCUCCACCCCCAAAGCCACAGCCACUGCCCCCCAGGGGCCCAUGAUACAGCUUAUCGACAAAGAACGGAGCUGCGGUGGGACAUGCUUCCAAAAGCCAACGGGUGGUUCAGGGUGUCUCCGAAGGGGGUGUUUACAUUCACCGUAACCCGCCCUCCUCCCUAAGCAGUGUUAACAUGAUGCUGGACCAGGCCACAGCAGCAGGGAGCGGAUAGAGUGGAAACACGUAUUCGUACGCUCUGGCUCCCGGAAAGGUGCCUCGCAUGAGCCAUUCUGUCCAGUUCAGCUGCAGCUCCAAGUCAACGGCAGCGUCAAGUGGCACUGUAUCCGGUGGCACUGAGGCGGCGGAGAAAAAGGUCCAAAGUUCGAAUAUCGGUUUGGCGGGAAUCCGGACCCGUGCUCAAGAACAACAGAAAGAUGGAUAUACAGUUUUUCUACGUUUCCAGCUGUAUGCGGCGAGGACAAAGACAACAUAUUCCCCGCAACUCAACGAGAGCGUCAGGGGUGCGGUACUCGGGUGCAGAGAUACCUGAGUUUUGUUUCCAAGCCAUCUGGACUGUUUGCUUCAGCAAUCUGCUGAUAUAUUAGCGACGGAAGUCAGCGUGUCAUCCGUGGUCUUGAAUUCUACCUUGGCGUCGUCUAGCGCUAAUGUUAGCACUUCUUCUGAGGCUUCCGCCUACGUGCUGGUCGUCAAUGAACUGCCACAAGACAGGGGCGAACUACUUCUCUAUCAGUGUAGCCCACAUCCAGGCACUCAAAAUGAACGAGAGCCACAAGAAGCUGACUUAUCCAAGACAAAGGUGUCUAACGUUCUUAUUGAGGCAAAGCAGUCUGGUUAAGCCGCCGGGGCAGCAGUGUGACAGUUUUGGGGGAUGUUGUGGCACCCGUGUCAAGUCUGGGGCUGAGGGUUCAAUCAUCCAAUGGCGACAGUGGAGACUGAUGGAGGGACAGUUAAGGGAAAUUGAGAAAGCUGGGGUUGACGCGAUUUCAGGGGAUUGAUGCGGUUGGUGAAGAGCCAGCCUGGUAGUACAACAACGCGAUGGCAGGGGCUCCGUGCUAGUCACGUGCUUGUGAAACGCAUUUUUGUUGUUUCCCUGUUGAGUUUUUUAACAGGAACUCUGCUAGUAGCAACCGAAUGACCGCUGGCGGCGGCACGUGUCUCCCCUUUGGAUUGUUUCUACAUCUUCCUUCCCCACCAUGUUACUAUCGAUGCCUCUGCAGUGCCACUAUGGAUAUCAGAGGCCCAUCGAAAAACAGAUACCCAAGUCACCUGGUACUGGUUCUCGCUAAAUUUUAUGUAGUGGGCGGGAGCCGAUUUUGGAGAUCACGUGGCUAGUCGCUGGUGUGGAGACCAGCUGUAGUAGAUGUAAUCGACUACCGUGGUUGACCUGAUGGCAUCUGGUGGACACACUUGCUUGCCUUCGUUUGCCAUGGGAUUCUACUUGACUUAUUCAAGAGAACAUCGCUCCCAAUGCAUCAGAAGAACGCAUUUGCAACACCACUUUCCCGGAG